AUGGGGGCUAUUGAUGAGACAUUCUUCAUAGGUGCCGGUGUGAAGUCUUGGAAUUCACAAUAUGGCCGAUCUGAGCUGCUUAUGCAUGGAAAGCGUAUUUGCAAGGAAGCUCGUGAUAUUUUCUUGGGUACCAAUUUGAGCUUGUCUGCAAAGAUACCAGUUGUAUAUUGGUAUUAUCGGACAGAGUCUCACCCAUCGGAGCUCACAACGGGGUACUACAACACUUCAGCAAGAGACAGGUACUUACCAGUGGCUCAGAUGCUUGUCACUUAUGGAUUCAGUAUGUGCUGCUCUUCUUUCGACCUCCAAGACAAUAAACAGAGGAGCAAAUACAGUAGCCCAGAGGGCUUUCUCAGAGGUCUGAUUGCAGCUAAUAGGACCUCCAACAUACCAUUUGAAGCUGAAGUUGUUGACACUUGUUUAGAUGAUGAUUUCAUCAAACAAGUCGUGAAGAUGUCUAAGGUUUACUGCAGUUGGCUAGAAAGGCCUAACUUCUCAUUCAAUGUGAGACUAGACUUGGACAUGUUUGAUGAUUGGGCUGAGUGUUAUAGUCGGUUUAGACGUUUUGUUAGGGAGAUGUGUGAUGGAAACCUUGGACUAUAG